GUUUCAAGUCUUCUUCAUCACAGCAUGAUGUUUAUCAGUCCACAACGGUCCCAGUACUUCAAAGUGCCCCACCUGUCCCCCCCCGACCAGAGGGAGUGGAUCCUCAGCUACUCUGACAGCAGCGGGAGCGAGGCGCUGAGCCUGGGCUCCGACCAGUCCAGCAUGAAGGUCCUGGUGGACGGGGUGGUGUGCCCCGUGGACUCCAUCCUCUCCCCUGCCGACUUCACCUCCUCCAUGAGGCGCUACUGCCUCCUCUGGACGGCGUCUGACGGCCGAGUGGGGGUCCACUUCAACGGGAACUACUGGGCCACCACCUGCUCGGCCUCCACGGGCCGCUCGCUGCCGCCGGCCGGACGCUUCCGCUUAGGAGGGCAACAAAGCUUCGACGGGAACGUCUACAACCUCCGCCUGUGGGACUACGCCAUGACGGUGCAGCAGCUCAACGCGCUGAGCUGCGACGCGGUGGGAAACGUCAUCGACUGGGACAACAGCCACUGGUCCAUCCCGUCCGGCUCGGCCCAGACCGACACCUCGCUCAGCUGCAGUGUCUCCCCCCCCAGCAGCACACCGCUCACUGCUGGCUGCGACUCCCCCGGACUGGGCUGCCCAGCUGCUUCUUCUCCCAGCGCCCCAUCCACUGCCUCCACUAACUCCAUCCAUGCUACUAAUGCCAUCGGCCACGCCCAACAGACCGCCGUUUCCUCUGCUCCCACUAACCCGCCCACUACUAACCCAGCAGCGCCGGCAACAACUCCGGCGCCGGAGUCAGUAACUAACCAACCAGCCACUAACACAGCUGCUACUGCUGCUUCCUCUCCAGAGGGUUCCUUCUACCGGGUUUCCCUGGUGGUGGAUGGCGGCGUGGCGUUGACGCGGGCUGAGGUGGAGCGAGCUGUGGCCUUGUGGCUCAAUGAAACCUUUCAGAACUGGACCCAUGUCGUCUACGUGGACUCCAUCAGUGUGCAGCCGGGUUCUCCGAGCGGAGGAAGCCCCACCAGCUCCUGGUGCCGGGCCCUGCUGGUGUACUACCACAGUACCAACGAGAGCCUGGGGGGCCCCGCCCUGUCCGCCAGGCUGUCCGCCAGGGAAGGGCUCCUGGGGGGGGGCGGCCUGCAGAUCGUCCCGGCCUCCAUUGACGUCCAUGUAGUCGAGAACUGUGAGGAGGAGAAGCUGCUGCACUACAGUUGGCCUGAGAGCCGAGCCAGCGUGACCCGCUACCUGCCCUGCUUCCCCAACAAGGACCAGAGCACCGCCAGGACCUGUCUCAUCAGCCCACAGAACUUCUCCUCCUAUUGGUCGACGGCUGACGCCUCAAACUGCACCGACAUCGACAGCAUCCUGGUGUCAGCAGAGAACGCCGCUGAGGUGGCGUCGCAGCUCGCCGUCAUCACCAACAACGAGCUGUCCGAUGAGGAGGUGUCCAAGGUGGUGACGAAGGUGAAGCAGCUGGUGAACGUGGCGGAGAUCAACAGCUCUUUGGCCUCCACCGUGGUCACCAUCAUCUCCAACGUGAUGAGCAGCUCGGAGACGGUGCUCGCUGCCUCCUCCGACAAAGCGCUGAAGACCGUAGACGAGUUGGUUCAGAAGAUCCAGUUCGAGGGUCCGUCGAUCAGCAUCUCCUCCAAACACCUGGCUGUGGGGAUCUCCACCCUGAACGCCUCCGUGUUUAAUGGGACCUCCUUCAGCGCCUUCGUAGCUCCAAAUAGCACCUACCCACAGAUUGAUUUCCAGUCAGGGAGGAGUAACCCUCUAGCUCAGGUGAGUCUUCCUGCGUCUCUUCUGUCCGGCACGUCACUGACAGAAGAAGAGAGAUCUUCUCUGUCCAGGAUCAACUUCAUGUUCUUCAGCAGCACAAACCUUUUCCAGAAAGAGCAGGACGGGCGCUCGUUGAACAGCUACGUGGUGGCGAGCAGCGUGGGGAACUUAUCCAUCCGUGACCUGAAGGACCCCGUGGAGAUCCAGAUCGCUCACCUGUCUGAGCACCUACAGACCCACCUGAAUCCGGUCUGCAUGUUCUGGGACUUCAGCAUGAGCGGGGGAGCCGGAGGCUGGAACGCAGACGGCUGCAGAACCUCCACAGAGUCCUCCAGCAACAGGACCGUCUGCCUGUGUGACCACCUGACCCACUUCGGCAUCCUCAUGGACAUUUCCAGAGCUUCUCCCCACAUCGACCAGGAGAACAACCGGAUCCUGACCUUCAUCUCCUACGUCGGCUGCGGCAUCUCUGCCAUCUUCUCCGCCGCCACGCUGCUCACCUACGUCGCCUUUGAGAAGCUGCGGCGCGACUACCCGUCCAAAAUCCUGAUGAACCUCAGCACCUCCCUGCUGUGCCUCAACAUGGUCUUCCUAUUGGACGGCUGGCUGGCCAGCCUGGACACCCAUUGGCUGUGCAUGUCCGUGGCCAUCUUCCUGCACUACUUCCUGCUCACCACCUUCACCUGGAUGGGGCUGGAGUCCAUCCACAUGUACAUCGCCCUGGUGAAGGUCUUCAACACCUACAUCCGCAGAUACAUCCUCAAGUUCUGCCUGGUGGGAUGGGGUCUCCCGGCGGUCUUGGUGGGCCUGGUUGUCGUGGUGGAUCAGACCUCUUAUGGUCUUCAGCAGUACUCUGGAGGACACUCAGGAGACGGGUCCUCACAGUUCUGCUGGAUCCAGAACCCGGUGGUCUUCUACACGUCCUGCGUGGGAUACUUCUGCCUCGUGUUCCUCCUCAACGUGGCCAUGUUCAUCGUGGUCAUGCUGCAGAUAUGUGGACGCAACGGCAAGCGCAGCAACCGCACGCUGCGAGAGGAGGUGCUGCGUAACCUGCGCAGCGUGGUCAGCCUGUCCUUCCUGCUGGGGAUGACGUGGGGCUUCGCUCUGUUCGCCUGGGGGCCCGUCAGCCUGGCCUUCAUGUACCUGUUCGCCAUCUUCAACUCGCUGCAAGGGCUCUUCAUCUUCGUCUUCCACUGCGCUCUGAAGGAGAACGUCCAGAAGCAGUGGAGACGCUUCCUGUGCUGUGGACGCUUCAGACCGUCAGACUACUCAGACGGGAGUAAGACGCCCACCAACAACACCAAGAAGGUGAGCUCGGACCAGCUGGGGAAGUCUCUGUCCUCCGGCUCCUUCGGCUCCACCACCGCCAGCUGGACGUCCAAGGCCAAAGCUACGCUAAACCCCUUCACCAAGAGACACAGCAACACAGACAAAUGUUACUCCAACCAGACCGGCCCCCAGUGCGUCUCCUCGUGCUCCUCUUCGUCCGAGGCGGAGCCCCACUCGUCAUCCUCCUCCUCGUCCUCCAUCCUCCCCGUCAGCCAGAUGAUCGACAAGGUGAGAGGCUACUGCUCCACGCGCUCCGACAACUUCUACAAGAACAUCAUCAUGUCCGACAGCUUCGCCCACAGCACCAAGUUCUAGAGACCUCUUAGGGACCUUCUAGAGCACUUCUAGGGACCUUCUAUAGACCUUUUAGAGACCUUCCAGGCAACUGUAAGGGUUCCAAUAGGAAAGGAGGCACGGGAAGCUUUCUGCUGUGGAACCUCUCCUCAUCUCAGUGGAGGAAGGCGUUCUAGAAGGUGUUCUAGAAGCUCUGACAUCCUCACUUUGCAUCAGAGUCCCUGCUGCUCUCAUACUCUCGUACACUGUCAGCAGACAUGGAAGCCCCAGUUUUCUGCUUCUAAUCAGACUGAUUCAAGAUUUAAUUUCGUUAUCGAAUCUUUGCUUCGUAUGCAUUUUCCAUCAAGAGCAAACGAUGUUCUGCUGAAUGAAACCGUUGAACUGGCAGCAACUAUCUGCUCAGAAACAACCCAGAUAAUCAUGGAGCGAGUCCCACGUUGUGGCUUCAGACCUGCUGCACGAUGACGGCUGUGUGGUCGGAGAACGUUGAUAAGAUUCUACUGUAUCAAAUCGACCUACAGGAACCGACCCGGCUGCCAGAAGGCACAAGGAAGAGGAAAUGAAGGGGGCCGGGGGGCUGAUAAGAAGGGCAGGAAAGUUCUGUAGAACAAAUGAGUAGGUUGUGUUGUUGUUUUUUAUACUGUGAUGUUGGUUUGUGCGUGUACCUAAAUGUCGAUGCUCUAUCUGUUCUGUAUUCUAUGUCUAUAUGGUCCUGAUGUGCUCAGAAGGUUGAUUGGCCUUCAGGGGUCCUGGGAGGGUCACUGCCAGAACAUACAAACCCAAACGCUCUCCCACCCACCGGCAGGAGGGAGGAAACUAAAGAUCGUCUCGUUCCAGAGGCUUUCUGGAGCCACUCCAACCAAAUCAGAGACAUGUAAAUACAUUUUAAUGUAUACGUUCAUGAAAAAGACAAAAUGCCAAAGUAUAGUGACACAUAUUCUGAAUUAUUCUAAAUAUCUUAAAUAUUACACAAGGUUGUAA